GACAAUUUUCACAUUCGUUGAUAUUAAUUCCCCGUCGUCACUUGCUUUUUUCGACUUGCACAGUACACCACGGCGUAUUAGUUAAAAAAAAAAAUAUGGCCAGCCAAACGCAGGGAAUCCAGCAGCUGUUGGCUGCCGAGAAAAAGGCAGCCGAGAAGGUCGCCGAGGCCCGUAAACGCAAGGCAAGGAGAUUGAAGCAAGCCAAGGACGAGGCGACCGAGGAGAUCGAGAAGUUCCGUCAGGAGCGUGAGCGCGCCUUCAAGGAAUUCGAGGCCAAGCACAUGGGCAGCCGGGAGGGUGUUGCUGCCAAGAUCGAUGCCGAUACCCGUGUGAAGCUGGCUGAUAUGGAUAGGGCCAUCCAGACCCGCAAGGAACCCGUUAUCCAGGAGAUCCUGCAGUACGUCUACAACAUCUCGCCCGAGGUCCACAAGAACUACAACCAAAAGUAAAUUUUUUGUAAAGUGUAGCCAAAAAACCAAGUGGCGACGCACUGCACUUUAAAUUCGAUGUCCACGUUCAAACUCUAAUCCAUAAUUUAGCCCCGUAAUAAUAGUGGUUACUUUACUGAAACACUGCUGUAUUAUUAUUCCAUACAUUAAAGUGAAAAUUCGUUGUUGUUCUAUGUAAAAUCGAAUGAGUUGAGCAGUGUCUCUUUCUCAGCGUUGGUAUUAUAUUUUUGUUUUGUUUCAACUUAA